CUGAUGUUGAAUCAUCCAGCGGAAUGGCGUAUCAUGAUGUGCUUGGACAAGACGACAAGAUGAUUGUAUAUAAUAGGUAGGUCCCUCGCAGGUAUGGUAAGCUCAUCACACAAACCAAUCUCACAUCUCCAUCAAGCCACCCACACAAGCGACACACGGAUUACACUCAUCCAGUCACAUAUUCUACCACAAAAACCACACAGAUACAAAUAAUGGCUUUCACAAAGGUCGCAAUUGCAGGUGCCACUGGCAACCUGGGCCCACACAUUGUCAGGGAGCUCGUCAACCAAGGCUUUGAGGUCACCGUUCUUUCUGCUUCUGGCAACACCUCAAGCCUGCCCUCCGAAGUCAAGACCAUCAAAGUCGACUUUUCUUCUCGAGACUCAGUCGUCUCCGCCCUCCGUGGUCAAGAAGCUUUCGUCUCAGCAAUCCCUAAGCAUGAAGAGCAGCCCGCUCUGAUCGACGCCGCCAUCGCUGCUGGUGUUCAACGCUUCAUUCCCUCAGAAUUCGGCAGCAACAUUGUCGGCAACGAGAAAGUCGCUGCCCUUCCAGUCUUCGGCGGCAAGGUCAAGACACAAGAGUACCUUCGUGCCAAGCAAGAUCAGAUCAGCUAUACUUUGAUUACCAACGGUCUUUUCGUCGAUUGGUUCUUUGGUCUAGGUCUGGGCGCAAAUCUCAAGGGCAAGACUCAAAUCUUCGACAACGGGGAUAGCCGUCACAGCUUUACUCUGCUCUCUGACAUCGGCAAGGCUGUUGCCGGCGUUCUCAAGCACCCUGAAGAGACCAAGAACCGUGGUGUCUAUGUUCAAACCAUCGCUCUCAGCCAGAAUCAAGCAUUGAAGAUUGCACAAAAGGCCAAGCCUGACUUCAAGCCCGAGACUGAGAAUGUUGACCUCGGCGAGCUAGAGAAGAACGCUUAUGCCGAGUUGAGCAAGGAGGGUGGAAAUGUCGGUGGUGCCAUGUUCGACUUUAUCAAGGUAUCCAUCUUCAGAGAUGGCUACGGCAACCUCUGGGACGAGAAGAACGAUAACGAGCUCCUUGGUAUUAAGGGCUUGUCCGAGUCAGAGCUUGAAGCUUGGAUUGCAAAGAACGUCUAAACAAAUCUCGACAUCAUUCCCCCCUACCGUUUUCCUAGAGUAGACUAGAUAGCAAAUGAUACUUUGUCCAUUUGCAACCACAAUAAAUCUACUUACA